UCUACUCCAUCCCACCCAUACACGUACACCACAAGAGAACCACACCACACUCGCCACGCCAUGCGCCCCAAAACCUCCAAACCCACCAGCGAUGAGCUGCUCGCUCAAUUUGACCACCUGGACGUCGACGAUGCCGCCGACCAGCAGGCUAAGACCACCCCCAAGCCCACCGCCGCACAGUCCGAGCAAGAUAUCCUCGCGGAGCUGGACAACCUAACCGCUCAGCGCCCAAGCAGCGGCCCCGGCACCCCGCGGGUAUCUACGAACGAAGCCCGACCCACGAUCAAGUCGCCCAAGCCGGCCGCGACCCCUCCGGCCGGUCGCUCCAGCGAGGAGAAACAAGCGCCCCGUAAGUCGGGGGAAAGCACCCGGGCGGCUUUCACGGAGAAGGCAGAUACACAGAAGGCGGAGCCUGAGAAGUCAGCGGCCCAGGAGGCAGCUGCGGCCAGCAGUGGUGGAGGAUGGUGGGGUGGGAUCUUCGCAACCGCCAGCGCGGCCAUGAAGCAGGCCGAGGCGGCAGUGAAGGAGAUCCAGCAGAACGAAGAGGCUCAGAAAUGGGCUCAGCAGAUCCAGGGAAAUGUAGGAGCGCUGAAAGAUUUCGGUGGGGAGCUGCGCAACAUGGCUCUUCCUACAUUCACCAAUAUCAUCCACACGCUCGCCCCUCCCAUCUCUUCCCACGAACGGCUUCAGAUCCAUGUGACACACGACCUCUCCGGAUACCCUAGCAUCGAUCCGCUGGUAUAUGCGGUCUUCUCGCGGGUGAUGGCCCAGGUGGAAGGCGGGGAUCUCCUCGUCAUCCAGCGGGGCCAGGAGUCCGCCCCGAAGCGAAGCCUCGACAUCGGCGGGGUCCAGUUCUCUGGCCCAGGCUGGCACGACGGCCCCUGGUGGCGGACCGUCACACCCGGAACCUCUCGCAGCAUUUCGGCCGUCCGGGGCACGGUCGAGGCGACCAAGCUCGCGCGGGCAAGUGCCGAGGCGUACGCGACCGAGUAUUUCUCCGCCAAGGGCGGCGUGGAGGAGGCAGCGCGCCAGGCCACCCAGAACCUGAGCGAAACCAACCCCGUGCGCAGCAGCGACAUCUUCCUGGCCAUCCAGGCCAUCAGCCAGACGACCUCGACCGAGCUCUUCCAGGCGGGUCCCACGACCGACCCGGCCACCCCAGCCGGCGUCGUGGACGUACCCGAAGUCACCGAGGACGAGGUCGUGUUCGCCCUGUAUCUGCAUGACCCCAUCCACGGCAUUGCCUUCCACGCGCUCUCCCAGGCCAUCCCCCAGAAGUGGAUCGACUGGCUCGAGACCCCGGCCAUCCCCAUCGAAGACCCCGAGGCCGACGACGCCAGCGUGCCCCGUACGACCGUCCCCGAGGAGAUCGCCGACAUCAUCGAGAGCGGCGGCGUGGAUCCGCGGGAAUGGGCGGCCGAGUGGAUCGAGGAGUGUCUGUCGCUGUCGGCGGGGCUGGUCGCACAGCGCUACGUGGCGCGGAGAAUGGGCGUCGGCGAGGGAGGGCCCGGCAAGGGUAAGAUGCGUGCGGAGCAGGCAUCCGUCGUGGACAGUGGAGCGGGCGAGGCGGCGCGAGCGCUGUGAUGCUUUCUUUGAAUGUUACUUGCAUGAUCUCAUGAUACUCGGCUUUUCUUUUGCCUUCCCAACAACCAACCCACUUUAUGUCCCUUGCUAUUCAUCCAUCCAUUCUCAUCCUUAACCUUAACGUCUGCAUUUGCUGUUGCUGUUGUUGUUGUUGUUGUUGUAUUGAGCCACGACAGCUAGUAGAUUGGUAGUCAUACCGUAUUCAUCGCGCCAGACAGCGCAUAAUAUACAUACAGUUACCCAAUUU